AUGAUGGAUGGUUUAAAAUCUUUUUUUAUAAAACCUAUUAUAAAAGUUGUAGUUUUGGGAGAUUCAGGAGUAGGUAAAACAGCAAUAGUGAAUCGUUUUACUGAAAAUUAUUAUUCACCCAAAAAUAAAGCUACAGUUGGUGUUGAUUUUAAAAGUAAAGAUAUAUUGUUUAAUAAUGUUAGUGUAACAUUGCAGAUAUGGGAUACUGCAGGUGAAGAGAGAUUUAGAUCUUUGGGAGUCCAAUAUUUUCGGGGUGCUGAUUGUUGCAUUUUGGUUUUUGAUACCACAAACAAAUAUUCUUUUUCUAGAUUACAAUAUUGGAAAGAAGAAUUUUUAAUUCAAGCUAAUCCUUUAAAUUAUGAUGAUUUUCCAUUUAUUGUUAUUGGUAAUAAAAUUGAUGAUAACAAUCGCCUUGUGCCAAAUGAAACAAUAAAUGAAUGGAGGAUGAGAAAUAAAGAUACCCCUUAUUUUGAAGUAUCAGCAAAAGAAGAUUUAAAUAUUCAAGCUGCAUUUAAUAUUAUACCAAAAGUUACAAUGCAAAAAACAUUUUUUGAUGACAAAUACAAUAAAAUUAAUCUUGAUGUAAUAUCUCUUCAAAAACCUGAACAAAAUUCAAAGAACAAACGUAGAUGUUGUUGUUAA